GUUGCUGUAGCCGACUCGGUGAGAUGGACCGGACCGCCAGAGGAAGCAGAUGUCGUCCUGCGCUGCUCCCACCAACAGCCGGAUGAAGCGCUGAAAGGCCGCCACUAGCUGAUCAUCCUCCUCUUCCUCCCUCCUCUCUUCCUUCGUCCGCACACGGGACUUGCAACAUGUCGACGGAAGCACUCUGCUGGUCUGGUGAUGGGUUUGCCGCUGCCUUGUGCUGCUAUCGCGAUUGCUAUGGCUAUCGAUAUCAACUACCCAAGAUGUGUGAAGAGGCGGAAGCAAUGUGGACGGCAGCAUCGUAGGCAUCAUCUUUGCCAUUGUGCGUAUGGGUACGGUAAUACCGAAUGGUUGGCAGGUUGAGGAUAGAUUGGACCAACAAGAAUCUGGAAAGUGGAAAAAUAUGCUGCAAUGCAGGACCUCCCUCACGACGAGACGACCUACCUAAAUCGACCUGAGCCGGGCGGCGACGCGCAUACGAGCGAGCAAAAAGUCUGCACCCUCAGCUUGCAUGCCUCGAUCAUGUCGAGACGCUUCCGCUCUGAUGCUGCUCUCAUCCUCACACUUGACGCCCCCGCCCCAAAAAACUGCCGGCGCCGCCAGCGAUCAAUCUCCGAUGACUGUACGAAGUGGGCUCAUCAUUGUCAGGAUCUAAUCUGAUGAGAUGGCCACCACCGGUCCAUGCUCGGCCGCUGAACAUGAUCAUCCGUCGCACAAGUGCGGCCUACGUAUUCCUGUAACCAGUGAUAGCCCGCCAAGAAGACCAUUGAUUGGUGUCAUUGCAUGAAGCAACAAGGGUUCACGAGGUGAAAGAGGCGGAGAUUCUGAUAGUACGCGCUCGGUCCACUCCCGCUUUCCUCCAGCCGCUCGCAAGGUUGGCCACCGCCGCUAAUGCAAUGCGACUUAUUGUUACGUACCAUUCGUUCGGAAAAGGAAUUCAACCACGCACCACACCUGCACUGAACCUCGAUGACAGGACCCCUGUGGGGUCUCGCCUUGCCAAGAGGCGGUGGAUGCUUAGCGCCCUUAGGAGCUCUCCACUCGGGACCCCUGUCAUUGCCGCUGUCGUGCUGCUGGCUACGCUAUCUGAUCAUCUGAUUGUUCCCGACAUCACCUCCACCGCGUGCAACACACCCACCCAGCAUUGGAGAUUCAUUUCUCCUCCUCACGCAGGCGACACUAGUCUAGCGACUCCUGUGCGACAGGUUGUUGCACGAGCACGUCUUGCUCGCAUUGCGCUCGGCAACGAUGUGCACUUGCUCGUAAAAUCCAUGCAGGCCGAAUUUGCGCCAUGCUUGACGGUCAGUUAUUACAUGAGGCGAGCGUGAAGAGCAGUCUUGAACAACAGUGUCCCGCCGCACGAAUCCAAACGACUCCAACGUCCAACCUCAUUGCGAAUUUCCUUACUGUGACAGCCAUCAUGGUUUCUGCAAUUGAUCCUCCCGCAGUAAAUGGGCUCAAGCCCUUAGAGCUCACGUUCAACCUUCCGGACGGCAGUACUGUGGUUUCCAUUCGGUCUGCACACAAAGCCGCCUUCGGCGCAGGCGACUCAACAUACCACAUCUAUGUGCGGGACGAGCACAUCGGAACGUGGUUUGUGGAUAAGAACUUGAUCGCACGCGUCAGUCCAGCCCAGGUUCUUGAUGAGAGAGCUGAAGUGGACUUUGUACGACGAUUCGAAACGCCAGCUGCCAUCACGAAUGGCAACGAGGACAACGCCGAGCACGCCAUCACUGCUACUCUGGAGAAGCUAUGGAUCAGCAUAUAUGCUCUCUGGCUGUUGCUGCACGAUCUGGACGUCGUUCCUAUUGUGCUUCCAACUCAUCAUACACAAGGCCAAGAGUAUCUCGUUGCCACUGGUCUCGCAGCACCUUCUCCAUUUGGGACCACCGUGGGAGAUGAUCUUCAACCUCAUCGCGUGUUGUUGCUGGCACGCGAGCCUUUCUGGCAAGGUGCAGGUGCCCCAGAUCGUCUGGCUUGGCUACGGACUCGCCCUGAGGCCAGCAUAUCUGGUUUCAAUGGCCAUCUCGGUGUAUUUGCCAGCCAGCAGUCCUUCACCCGCAAAGGCAACGUUUGCACGACCCAUCCUUUGCGGCCCCCAAAGCCAGCCCCGGGCACAGUGCUCUACAGCCGCUACAUCGUUGAACUCGGGCAGCACUUGCAGAUUGUACACAUCGACGCCACCAAUCCAUUGCACUUUGCGACCUAUUGCCGCUGGCAGAACUCCGAUCGCGUCAACCAUGGCUGGAAAGAACGUGGCCCAGACAGCAAGCACCGGGCCUAUCUCGAAUCGCAACGCUUCGACCUUCAUACCAUGUCUUGCAUCUUCCUCUGGGACGGUGAGCCAGCUGGCUACUGCGAGGUUGGCUGGGCUAAAGAGGAUAAUACGGCGCCGUUUGUCGCCUCCAACUGCAACAUUCACAUUGGAGAGUUUGAUCAAAACAGCCAUGUCCUGGUUGGGGAGGAGAAGUUCCGAGGGGGCAAGCGUUACCAAGCAGUCGCUACCAGCAUCAAGCACUUGUGUUUCCUGCGAGAUCCUCGAACACAACAGGUCAUCGCGGAGCCUCGGGUUGAUCUAUCGAGCGUGCCAAUUCAAGCUCGCUUCUUGCCACAAGAGCGCAAGAAGCGCAUACAGCUACCUCACAAGCAUGCGGUACUCUUUGCCCUUCAGAGGGAUCGCUUCUUCCAGGAGGGACAUUUUUACUAGCGUAACGCCUGGCGAUGCACGGGACAAGUGAUCAUCGAUCGAAGAUAGUGGAUAAUUGGGAAUAUCACGACUGCUUUCUCCAUCAAACUUGCACAGCGUCACAUCGUGGUCUGCUGGAACGGCGCGACAACGCGAUGCCCUGUUCACGAUCGUGUCCUCCAUUGACGUGUACUCGAUCCACCCGUGUGGUCCUCUCGGCUAUGAAGAGCCACGGCGUAGUGACGAUGGACGCAUCAGAAAAUUCCCUCGUUUCGCUCGUACCGACUGUAAUGCGACCAAAAUGUCCGAUCAGCUUUAGCUUCGGGAAAUGGCGCUUAAUGGUCAGGCCGCCCUCCCUCCCUAGCAACCCACGCGAGCAUGCGGCAUAGAUUGUCCUUGGCACGCUAAGGGAAAAGUGGAAUACCGGGGUUGACAGUCUAGGAUGGCGGACUGUUGAUCUCUGAUUGAUUAGAUUGUAGCAUUCGCUUCACUCGCGUCGUCCGACGAUCGGCUCAUUAACGACUAAACCCAUUCAUAUUGUUUAGCCGAAGCUCAAUCAUGCUGGCGACAUCUGUCCUACUAACUCCUGCCGUAUCAAUUCUCCACCUCUGCGCUGGCCAAGACCGCCGUCAUCGGCCGCCCAAAUCCUUUACUGCUAUCGACCGCUCAGCUUUUUCUUCCACUCCCUGCCGACCGGUCUCACUCAUAGCAUCCUUUUGCUGAGGGUCGCCGACAAUUCCGCAGCAAGUUUUGCCGCCCAGAUCCAGGAGCUGCACUGCCUCCUGGUGUCUUUGCUGCCUUCUGUCAAUCCACUCUCACAUCCACCGGCAACGCUGGAAAACCUGAGUGGUGCCAUGGCAACCAACGACCGCUUUCCGACCGAAGGUCCUUCCAAGACUCAUAUCUUUGAUUCCACCACUCAAAAGCACUAUGGCACUAACUCUUCUGAUCACGAACACGACCUGACGAAGCCUCCAACUCUAGAGCAGGACCAUGGCAUCCACCAGCAAGCAGGUAUCACCAAAGUCGAGGCAUUCAACAAGACUCUAUACCAGUCCGGGGCCUCUGGGAAGCUCUUGUUAUAUGUGCUGGUGCUCUCUCUCGGGUUGACCAUGUUUGCGUAUGCACUGGACCAAGGCAUCACAUACCAGUUCAACGCGAUCGCGGCGUCGGCCUACGAGAGUCACUCCUCGCUCGGAGCGGUCAAUACGGCCACCUCUAUCAUACGAGCCAUUUCCAAGCCCUUCCUGGGGAAACUCGCAGACAUCACAUCCCGUCCCACGACCUAUGUCGUGGUCCUGGUGGUAUACGUGGUCGGCUUCGCCGUGGCGGCCUCUUCUCCAUCGUUGGCUGCUUACAUUAUCGGAGCAUCGUUCACCGCGUUUGGCAAGUCCGGGUUGGAUCUCCUGAGCGACAUUAUUGUCGGUGACUUGACGCCUUUACAGUGGCGUGGUUUCUGGGGUGGCAUGCUGAGCACUCCCUUUCUGGUCACCACAUUCGUCAAUGGCUUCAUCUCCGAUGCUUUCAUACCCGAUAAAUGGCGUUGGGGCUUGGGCAUGUUCGCCAUCAUCAUGCCUGUCUGCCUGCUUCCAGCCAUCACCACGCUGUAUGCCAUGCAGCACAAAGCGCAGAAGCUGGGCAUGAUCAGCAUGGGAGACUCUGGUCUUGCUCGCAAAGAAGGUGUGAAAGUGAAGGGCGCCCGUCACUACCUGGCUUUGGCGCGAUCUGCCGCCAUCGAGAUGGAUCUCAUCGGCCUGCUCCUGCUAGGCUUGUCAUUCUCCUUGAUUCUGUUGUGGCUCGACUUGGCCCCUGACGCAGACAAUUCGUGGAGUAACCCCAGCAUGAUCGCCAUGGCUGUGAUGGGAUUCGUCCUGCUGGGCGUGUUCAUUGCAUAUGAGGCACUGGUGGCAUCUGUCCCCAUCACGCCGAAACGAAUCUUGAUCAAUCGCGGAUUCCUCGCGGCCUUGAUGGUGGACGUAUUCAACCAAAUGGCAUCUUCGGUCCGCAACAACUACUAUUCUUCAUACAUCUACAUCAUCAAACCAUGGUCCAACUACACCUGGACCGUCUUCAUCGGCGCCACCACUCUGACCCUCUGCUUCAUGAGUCCCGUCGGAGGCCUGAUCCACCGCGCCACCCAUCGCUACAAGACUCUCAUGGUGAUCGGCGCCAUUCUCAAAGUCAUCGGCUACGGAGUCACCGUCAACACCAACACCCGCAGCACCACCUCCACCGCCCGUCUCUCCGUCAGUCAAGUCCUCCUCGGCAUGGGAGCUUGGACUGUCAUCGGCGCCCGAGUGGGCUCGCAAGCCUCGGUGCCCCAUCAAGACCUCGCCAUUGUCAUCAGUGUCCUCUCCCUCUGGAGCACCAUGGCCUCUUCCGUCGGCUCCACGAUCGCAGCAGCGAUUUGGCAGAAUCGUAUGUUGGGGUACAUGCGAGAGGAAUGUCCUCCUGGAACUUCCGAAAAGGUUCUCGAGUCCAUCUAUGGCUCGAUCCGGACUUUGAAAACCAAGUAUGAUUGGGAAGACCCGAUUCGCAAGGGUGCGAUUGUGGCUUAUGAGAGAACGAAUGGGAUUAUUUUCGUCACGGCGCUGGUUCUUGCUGCUUUGCCAGUGAUUUUUAGUGCACUGAUGCCGAACUACUACCUCGGAAAACAACAAAACGCAAUUACAAACACAGGACUCGAUGGAGAAUUGACUGAAGUUCCCGUCCGUGCGGAAGACAGAACUGCUUCUCCUGGUGGAGGAAGCAUGUGGCAGAAAUUGAAGAAUGCGUAUUAUCGAGAGCAUUAGAUUUUCUUUCUAGGAAAAAGAACAAAUGAAAAAUGUUCAGAUCAGCGAGCGAUAUUAUACAGAUAUAGAGAGCUAUUGUUAUUCAAUAGUAGAGGGUAGGGGUUUCCAGUCCAUCCAAAAAAGUUAAUGGUGGAAGUAGUUGUUUGUUGUAGAUGCUGUUUUCUUGAAC